CAUCCGGACAGAUUCUUCUUCUUCUCUCUCCAGUGGAUACUGCGGGGAACACACGGAUUUCCUGUAGGAUGGAUUGCUGAAACUCCCUUCGCGAGAUUACCCAUUUAUUUCCUUUCAUUUCUCUCCCGUCUCACUAUCUCGUCUCCAUCCAUCCAUCCAUGAGUCCAGACGGGUUCUGAUUCGGACAGAAUGCGGAUCCUGGUGUUGAUUCCGCUGCUGUGGGGACUCAGUGAAGGGGCUUUUCCCAGCAGUGUUCAAAUCGGUGGGUUGUUUAUAAGAAACACAGAUCAAGAAUAUACAGCUUUCCGCUUGGCCAUAUUUCUUCACAAUACGAGUCCGAAUGCCACGGAAGCCCCUUUCAAUCUGGUUCCACAUGUGGACAACAUCGAGACGGCCAACAGCUUUGCAGUCACCAAUGCCUUUUGUUCGCAGUAUUCGCGAGGAGUCUUUGCGAUAUUCGGCCUGUACGAUAAGCGCUCGGUCCACACUCUGACGUCCUUCUGCAGCGCGCUGCACAUCUCUCUGGUAACGCCCAGUUUCCCUGCCGAGGGCGAGACACAGUUCGUGCUUCAGCUGCGGCCGUCCAUCCGCGGGGCGUUACUGAGCCUCCUGGACCAUUACGACUGGAGCCGCUUCGUAUUCCUGUACGACACCGACAGAGGAUACGCCAUCCUGCAGGCCAUCAUGGAGAAGGCGGGUCAGAACGGCUGGCAGGUCAGUGCCAUCUGUGUGGAGAACUUCAGUGACGCCAGUCACAGAAGACUGCUGGAAGACCUGGACCGGCGACAGGAGAAGAAGUUCGUCAUCGACCUCGAGGCAGAACGACUCCAGAACAUUCUGGAACAGAUUGUGAGUGUGGGCAAACAUGUGAAAGGAUAUCACUACAUCGUGGCUAACCUGGGAUUUAAGGACAUUUCUCUUGAGAGGUUUAUGCACGGCGGGGCAAACGUAACUGGUUUCCAGUUGGUGGAUUUCAGCAAACCAGUGGUGAUCAAACUAAUGCAGCGGUGGAACAAACUAGACCAGAGGGAGUAUCCAGGAUCUGAGAGCCCACCCAGGUACACAUCAUCAUUGACGUACGAUGGUGUGCUAGUGAUGGCGGAGGCGUUUCGAAAUCUGCGCAGACAGAAGAUCGACAUCUCUCGCAGAGGCAACGCUGGAGACUGUCUGGCAAACCCAGCUGCUCCUUGGAACCAGGGCAUCGACAUGGAACGAUCUCUGAAACAGGUGAGAAUCCAGGGUCUCACUGGGAAUAUCCAGUUUGACCAUUAUGGACGCAGAGUCAACUACACCAUGGAUGUCUUUGAGCUAAAGAGUAACGGCCCCCGCAAGAUCGGUUACUGGAAUGACCUGGAUAAAUUGGUUCUGGUCCAGAAUGAGCUCUCCAUGGGAAAUGAUUCUGCUAUGGAGAAUAGAACGGUUAUCGUCACGACUAUAAUGGAAGGACCGUACGUGAUGUUGAAGAAGAACUGGGAGAUGUACGAAGGAAAUGACCAGUUCGAAGGAUACUGCGUGGAUCUGGCGUCCGAGAUCGCCAAGCACAUCGGCAUCAAGUACAAGAUCUCCAUCGUUCCUGACGGGAAAUACGGAGCCAGAGAUCCAGAGACGAAGAUCUGGAACGGCAUGGUUGGGGAGCUGGUGUACGGGAAAGCGGAAAUCGCUGUGGCCCCUUUAACCAUCUCUCUGGUCCGGGAGGAGGUGAUCGAUUUCUCCAAGCCCUUCAUGAGUCUGGGAAUCUCUAUCAUGAUCAAGAAGCCGCAGAAGUCCAAACCUGGCGUCUUCUCCUUCCUGGACCCGCUGGCCUACGAGAUCUGGAUGUGCAUCGUGUUCGCCUACAUCGGCGUGAGCGUGGUGCUCUUCCUGGUCAGCCGCUUCAGCCCGUACGAGUGGCACACCGAGGAGCCCGAGGAAGGCUCCGACGGUCCGCCCAGCGACCAGCCCCCCAACGAGUUCGGCAUCUUCAACAGUCUCUGGUUCUCUCUGGGCGCCUUCAUGCAGCAGGGCUGCGACUUCACACCCAGGUCUCUGUCUGGUCGUAUAGUUGGAGGCGUUUGGUGGUUCUUCACUCUCAUCAUCAUUUCCUCCUACACGGCAAACCUGGCUGCCUUCCUCACCGUGGAGAGAAUGGUGUCGCCUAUCGAGAGCGCAGAAGACCUCGCCAAACAGACAGAAAUCGCCUACGGGACUCUUGAUUCCGGUUCCACCAAAGAGUUCUUCAGGAGGUCAAAGAUUGCGGUGUACGAGAAAAUGUGGAGUUACAUGAAGUCGGCUGAGCCCACGGUCUUCACCAAGACGACAGCCGAGGGCGUGGCUCGCGUGCGCAAGUCCAAAGGGAAAUACGCCUUCCUGCUGGAGUCCACCAUGAACGAGUACACGGAGCAGCGCAAGCCCUGCGACACCAUGAAAGUUGGAGGGAAUCUGGACUCCAAGGGCUACGGGGUGGCCACGCCCAAAGGAUCGCAGCUAAGAACGCCGGUAAACCUGGCAGUGUUGAAACUGAGUGAAGCAGGAGUGCUAGACAAACUCAAAAAUAAAUGGUGGUACGAUAAGGGCGAGUGCGGACCCAAGGACUCGGGAAGUAAGGACAAGAGCUCGCAGGCGCUGAGCCUGAGCAACGUGGCGGGAGUUUUCUACAUCCUGGUGGGCGGCCUGGGUCUGGCCAUGAUGGUGGCCCUGGUCGAGUUUUGCUAUAAGUCCCGCGCCGAGGCCAAGAAACUGAAGCUCACCUUCUCGGAAGCCUUGAGAAACAAGGCCCGCUUGUCAAUCACAGGCAGCCUGGGGGAAAAUGGGCGUGUCCUGACGCCAGACUGCCCUAAGGCCGUGCACUCCGGCCCCUCCUUCCGACAUGGCCCCGCCCUCGCCGUGGUGUCCUCCAACCUCCCAUAAAAACCAAAAACUCACCUUGUGCCUUAAACCAUCUUACCCCUCUACCGAAGUUCAGAUUUCACGCAAAACAUGGGAGAAGCACGCCGUCGCCGGCUUGAACGCGACUGACCUGAAAACGCACUCUUUCAGCCCUCGGAAAAGACGUCAACAAUUGUAAACGAGCCGGGAUGGCCUGGAUACGAAUGCUUUGACGUUGGCGAGCAUCAAGGAUCCAUGAUGCCUUAUGCUAACUUUGGGGACGAACAUCAUCGCAUACGAGAUGGAAAAUCACGACCAGUAAACUGUAAAUGUAAAGACAUUAGCUGCGCUUCCCUGUUUAGCCAUCCGAUAUCAGCAAACCUGCAUUAGACGUAUUAAAUCACAACGUAUUUACUACAUGGUCCACAAUCACUAGCUACUAAUCCGUAUGUAGAUAUUCUCUCAGGAGCCACGAAGGGGGACGACGGAAACAUCUUUUAUCAUCUCGACAGGAUUUCUUCAAGACGCCACCGGGAGCCGCUUGCUUUUUGGACUGAAAUGUAAAUAGACCAGUAGUAAAAGCUGAACACGAUUUUUUUAUAAAGCAUCUUAGAUAAUAAUUCAUUGCAAUAAUGGCAAUAGGGAGACCUGACUUGUAAUUAAGAGAUCUUUUAUAAACACACAAUAUUAUAUAUACAGAAACGAAUCUAUAUAAUAGAGGGACAUCUGAACUAAAACAGCAGCGUUGCGUGUGAGACCAUGGCAUCUGUUCUGUUAACAGUUGUUUUGAUAACCGAUGUAAUGCAGUGUGUACGUGUCUUUGUCCUUAAUGAAUGUCCACGCAUUUCACAUUUCGCACAAACACACGAGUUUAAGAUGUGAACGCCGCACCACACCGGGGUCACACCGACUCCCGAUUCUCACCUUUGGUGUUUGGUUUUGUUUUUCUCUUUGUACCCACCGAUUCAAAUAAAACUGGAACAUUUAUACAA